CAGAAAGAUGCCAGUUGCUUAGAUUUCAUUAUUUUGACGAGCGCCUGAUUUCACCAUGAUGCCUCACAUAUAUUAUUUUUCUCCAACAUCACUCCACCUCGCUCUCCAGGCACGACAGACCUGCAUGGAGGAUCUGACCGAGGGAUGUUCUCAGGUGGAUACCCCGGAGCUCAGGUCCUACCUCAAGGACAGCUCUGAUGUGGAUUUCACUCUGGAAAUAAUUGGAUGUGACAACAGUGGUGAGGUUGUGGAAGAAGGCGAGUACAUCCCUGUGAUGAAGUACAUUUGCCUGACUCUCCAUCGCAUCCCGCCACCACCCGGCUGUUCUGGGGGGGAAAAGACGCUCAUGUUUGCAGAGAGUUUCCUAGAUUCAAGACUGUUUGUGAGAGAGUGCCCAGACGUUAGCUCAGACUUCUUGAUUGUGACUUCUUGUGUCCCACGUUUUCACUUAUGGAGCGCCCGUGGACACAGCAAGAAGCGGUCUGUAUCAGCGCCAGCACUUCCGUUUGACCACUGGGGCGAACACUUGAUGACCCACGAUGACAUAGAGAUGGCUACCACUUGGCCUGCUCUUCUUCCGCCUGAGAAAGUUGUUUUGACAGUUUGGGAACACGGACUGUCUGUGGAGAGUCACUCUUAUGGUUCCUUCAUGAUUCAUGGGUCUCAGAUGAAGUCAGUCUCUAUGUAUGAUGGGAAUUCAAUGACCCAGGUAGCCCUGUUGUCCAUUGUGCUCCGGCCAAAUGCCACCUUGAGGGAACAGUUGCCGCCACAUUUACUCAUGGACUUUGACCAAAUGGGACAGUGUCAGAUUUUGUUGGCGGUCAGCCCUCACAGCAAGGCUCAUACACAGCUCUAUGGCAGUGUGUUACCUCAGUGGAAGGAUAACUCUCAGGUGCCAGAGGUGGAGAGACCAGAAUGUCUGGACGGUGAACUUUGGCCUGUACAUUCAUUUUUACAACACAAACUGGAUUCUGUAUCAAAGGGUGCAGUUACUCCUUUGAAAAAAGUUGCAUGCACCACUCCAGAGUUAUUUGACUACCUGCAACAUUUGUCCAUGAGUUCAUGCCUCCGACAGCCUAUCAAUCGAGAUGUUUUCCACUCUCUCACUUCAGAGACACAAAAGACAAAAGACUAUGACAAGAUCAUUGUGACAAUCAUCACUGGCACCCCUGGCAGUGAGAAAGAGAGGCUCGGCACCUUGUUGACAACUUACAACAAGAAUGUCAUCAACUGGCUUGUAUACAAGCAGCCUGAAGAAUGUCGCGUUGACAGCAACUUCCUGUAUCGUUCCAUGACUUCAGCGGUAGAGUCACGUAACCAGUGGAAACUCACCAAGAUCACAAGAGUGAUCUUUAUUGCCCCAGGAUUUUGUGACACGUCUGCUGUGGUGGGUGCCCUGCAGACUCACCCCAACCCCAAUGUGAGGUCAGAGUUCAUCGUCGGUGCUGUUACUGUCUGUAUCGAUCCCCUCAACACUUUCAUGGUUCACAAUAUGACUUUACCAGCGGUCACUGCCCACUGUGCACAGGGAUGGGUCAACAACAUUGUGUUCACAUCACAGACCCAAGCACCGAGUGAGCUGCUGGACCACAUCCAGAUGUUAGUGAGAAGCAUCAACUCCAACGUGGCUCUGCUGAAGGCUGAGAAUGGGGAAGUCAAGAGGAGCACUGACCUUGAUUUGAUCAUGUCUGACUCAGCUUUUCAAGAACCAGAGUUUGAGAAGGCCAGGCUUUUGAUGAAACCUGUUGGAGCACUGGGUCGACCCCAAGUGUGGCCGUGUCAGCCAGUUAUGAAUGACGUGAUGUUGCGCUUCACACAGCCAUUGGAGAAACACUUGACGCUUAUUAAGCUGAGAAAUAUCAAGUCAUCUUUGAAAAGCCACCCAUUUGAAGGCAACAUAUAUUAUGUGCGAGGCUAUUUGGCCUUUUCAGGUUCCCCCACUCUGGUGGACCUCCAGUUCACUCCGCUCAGUGGCAAGCUGUCCAUGGUGGACUCUCAGUCCUCCCGAGGGGCAGGAGAAGGCACGGUGUACAUCAUUUCCUUCACCGGAGUCAAACUGAAGGAGGCUGAACUCAAGACUUUCCUGGAAGCUUGCGUUAAACAGAAACCACAGAAGAAAAAACUGCUGACAAGAAGUGAUCUGACAAAGAAGGACAUUGACAAAGUUCAUUCAGAGCACCACCUAGAUGAGCUUCCAGAAGGCUGGUUCUACAACGGCUCUCAGUUUGUGAGCAUGACAGGAGAGCGCUCCCUCAAACAUCCAUCUCUUGAAUCAUUUGUCCAGGAAUUCCUCGAUCGUAAAAAUGCUGACAUUGAAAAGUUCAAUGCUCGUGUUGACUCGGAGGAGUAUGUCAACCUCUUCCCAUGAUGCGUCCUCAAUUGACAGUGACGGAUUAUCUCAAGAGUGUCAGAGCUCAUUGAUUGGGAGCACAGCUGUACUGGAAAGAUCUAGUUCUUUGACUUGUGCCUCAAGUAUAUUUGACAUCUUGCUUUCCCUUUCACUUUCAAUGUAUUUUGUUCUUAUGGGUUUCAUUUUUUUUUUCCUCAGUGUUUUGCUUUAAGUGUGCCUGUACCUCACUACAUGUUCUUUUCUGUCUUGUGUGUUGUGGCUAGAUGUAUGAAGUCUUUUUUUUUUAAUCUCCACUGUUGUAAUCUUCACAUAUUUUUUUUUACCUCCUUGUCUGGAAUAUGGAUCAAGCUUAUAACAAGAGUGGAGGUGAGAAAUUUUGAAGUGUUUCUCUGUGUUCUCUCAGAUGGAAUAUAAUGGAGAUGUCUCAACUGGCAUUGGUUUUCUUUACAUGUUGGCUCACAGCUCAUGCAAGUUGCUCACAUUCCAGAAUAAAGAUAAUUAAAUGAUAUUUUUAGUCUGAUGAAAUCUUUAUUGAAGUGAUGAUGUGUUUCCUAAUCAUUCUUAUAUAAAGUUUUCCUUUGAAAAGUGUCUUUUUAUAAUGUGCAUGUACAAUGUAUUUUAAAUUGAAUAUAAUGCCUUCAUCUUUUUUUUAAACCCACCUCAGAUACACAAACAACUAGAUAGUUUAUUGACGUUAACGUUACACUUGGUGCAAGAAACAGUAUGGAAAUUGGAAGUUUUUGGCAGUUUUUAAGCCUCUCUUUGUAACUUCAGCGGUACUCUGACAUUGUGAUUAUAACAGGGUUGACAGAAACAAAAUUAUUAUGAACGAGAUAAAUGAAUGUAGAGGCACAAUAGUUAAUGGGAAACAGUAAAGAGAAUGCUCUUUGAACCUCCCAAUAAUUGCUUGUGUUGUUUACCCCUGAUUGUUUCAACAAAUUAAUUUCUUCUCCAACGAAUGGAGGGUUUUUUGUCUUCUUUUGGUAUGAACCAAGUAUAAGAUAUUGCCAUGAUUAUUACUGUGAUAAUUUUUCCUGCCGUCCUUUUACGAAUAUUUAUUUGAUGCAAAUAGUAUAGACAAAUUAUGCAUUGCUGUAACAACAGACUUGUGAAAUCAGUUGUGGAUGAAGAUUCUUUCUGUUUGUAUUCUUCUUUUUUUUUUAAAUUAAUCUCCAGUUUGUGAAUUGAUUUACAUCAGAGUCCACCUGCCAUCCUUCUUUGCUUUUAUAUUGUUAUUCAUUUCCUCUUCAUAAUUAAAGACAACAGUGUUCAAAUUACUGGGUGUACCUUAUAAAUUGAUAGCUUAUAUAUUUGCCUCUUCAUUCUAUUCGAUGAUAAGGGGGGAAAAAUAAAGCUUUUUUCACUUCUUAUUUUUCAAAA